GUGAGAAGCUGACAGGUGUGGGGGUGGAGUGGAGUGGGGGUGAGGGGUUGACAUGCAUUAGAGUCUCCUGGCUGGCUGGAGGCCGCCGGCUCCUGUUCCCAAUAUUAAAACUCUCAUGAAUAAACAUCCCUUCAGCACCUGCGGCCCACUCCAAACUGACUCAGGCUGACAGCUCAGCUGGGAGCCCCUCAGCUGUGUGCCUGCUAACUGGCAAGGUGACCCCAAGAGCCAGGGCAGCAUGGCCCCUCCUAGGAGCCCCUUAGGGAGGGUCUGGGAGCAGCGUGUUUGGGCCCUGAUUUUGCAGCCAGGGAGCCUGCUACAGCCCUGUGCUCCCCUCCAGUCCUGUCCAGUGCAGCCUUGCAGGCCGUGUGCGUGGCCAGCAGCUGGUCAGAUGACUUGGCAGGGUGUCCUCCCACCCUCCUUCUAGGGACCAUCCUCUUCGCCCACCUGGGGGCCCCUCUCCUGACAUUAUUCUCUAGGGAACACUCGUCUCCCUUUCAGCAUUAGAGACCUGAGUCCAGCCACUCCCUUCUCCAGCGAGGUCACGGUCUCCCUGCCUGCAGCUCCCUAAAAAGCUUGGACAACUGCCCCAUGCUCUAGCAGAGCCAGCCUGCAGGCCUGGCUGUCCACGCUGGCCAGGCCUUGUCCUGGGUCUCUGGGCCCAUCUACGAAGGUUCUUGGCACAGUGUGAUGUGUGGUGGACCAGGUGCCCAGGCUGGGGCCACAGGAGCGCUUCAGUGGUUCCCCAGCUGGCAGAGCUGCUCCCACUGGCACCCAGGGGCUCUUGAUUCCCUGGCCGAGCAAGUGGCAAACAGCCCCAGGAUCCAGCCCCGCCGUGGAAAGGUGCUUUGAGCCCCACGAGGUGCAAACGUAAGCUGGCGCUGCAGGGAGGCUUCAUCCUAGGAGUGGGGAGGCCCGUGGCGUUGCGCUUGUCCACCUGAUUCACCGCGCCUCGGGCUCCCCAGCCCCCGCGCCUGCCUGCCAACCACAGAUAAAAGCACGCCAGUCGCUGCUGCCACCAGCAGUCGCCUGCCUGCAUCCUCAUGGCCCUGCCCACCACGCUGGCGACCGCCGCCCUGGCCUUUGCUCUGCUGCUGGCCCCAGCUGGGCGCGCAUGGUACAAGCCGCCGAAUGGGCGCAGCUACUACUCUGUGGGCCGUGCUGCGGGGCUGCUCUCCGGAUCCCACACCUCCCCUUACGCGCGGCGCGCCCAGGCCACCGUCCACAGCCCGGCAUUGCGCCCAAGCCUGCAGAAGCCGGCCGUGUGCAUCCGCCACGUCGCCCCAAGUCUGCAGAGCUGCGCGCGGCUCCCUGACGGCGGGACCUUCCAGUGCAAGGCAGAUGUCCUCCUGUCGCUUCGCCCCACGGACUGCAGCAAAGGCCGAACCCGAGCGGGACUGACCAGGGGCCCCGCCCCGCCCCCAGCCAACUAGAUGAAUAAAGUAUAGAGGGAACAGUC